AUGAGCAGUCGAGAGGCGCAAGCAGCUGGUGGGUUGGAGGAGGAGGGACGGCCUCACCCGCAGCAGGAAGAAGACGUAGAAGAGCAAGAAUGGAGCGGUGCGUUCGAUCCGUUUGCUGACCCGGAAGAGCGGAGGGUGCUGUUCGCCUCUCUGGACUCAUUCAGGCGUCAGUCGUUUUAUGCUCUGCCCUCGUUGCACUGGCAGACACUCGCAGCUCCGCCGUUCAAGCUGCUUGAGACGUUCGACAAGGUCGAUGCUGCCAUAGAUUCCAACGCCGAAGUGGCGGAAGCCAUCCUCGACUCGGCACUGGAAGCCUUUCAGCUUCCCAAGCACCCGCAGACUCAGGAAGCAGAAGGGCGGGGAGACGUCAACUGGCACGACAGGGCGACUUCGUCGGAUGUGAGCAAGGCCAACUCGACGAUCCGCCAGCUCUACCGCGACUGGAGCGCCGGAGGUGCAGGGGAGAGAGAGUCAUGCUACGGCCCGGUCAUGAGAGACCUGCAGGCCGAGUUUGGCGAGAAACCUGCACCAGGCACCCGGGUGCUCAUCCCCGGAGCUGGCCUGGGGAGGCUGUUCAAGAAGGUGCUGGUUCCAGACGUCCAUCCCGGUUCCGCGGUGAGAGGCUACGAGGAGGCAGAGGAGACUGCUGGGGCAACUGGCGGCAGGAAGGAGACGAAGAAGAUGACGGGGACGAUGAGCAUGACGGCGGCUGAUUUCCUGCUACUGUACAACGAGGAGUCUAACCGGGAGGCCUUCCACGCAGUAGCCACGGUCUUCUUCAUCGACACGGCGCCGAAUCUGAUACGAUACAUCCAGACGGUGCAUCACUGUCUACGGCCGGGCGGGAUAUGGACCAACGUCGGGCCGCUACUAUGGCACUUUGAGGACAAGCCUGCACCCUCGUCGUCGCGUACGCAGUCUACGUCGGGCAAGGUGGUAGAAGAUGCGGCUGCGUCCGCACACGCACCGGGCGACGACGACCUGGAGAAGGAGUAUCAGGGCCACUCCCACGGCCACCACGGUCACAGCCACGGUCACAGCCACAGCCACAGCCAUGGCCGGGGACACGGCGGUCAGGGCGAGGGUAUCGGCGACCCAGGCGUCGUGGAGCUGUCGCAGGACGAGGUACUGGCCUUGAUCGAGAGGAUCGGCUUUACCAUCGAGAAGGUAGAGGAUGAUAUCGGGGGUUGUGGAUAUAUACAAGAUCCAGACAGCAUGCUCUUCAACAUGUACAAACCUGUCCAUUGGAUAGCCAGGAAGCGAUAA